UUGCAGCGAGGGGAUUUCACUUCUGCCUCUGUCCAGGAUAUGGUAGUGGACGCAUUUAUUUUUGCUGGUACUGUAGUCUGCCAGGGUUGUUUUUCUGUCCUGGAGCCCAAAGUGUGAGAAAACUCCACUGUGGAGGAGCUUUAGUAACCACAGACUCAUCACUGCUUAAGAUUUUCCUUCACGGUGAUUUUCAGGGAAACCCUCCCAGCUGUAACUUCUCCCCUCUGAAGAGCUCUGGAAAGUGAGUGGACGACAGAAAAUUACCUCCAGCAUUAUGGAACUGUCACUGGCUCACCCGGCCGUCAAAGCCUUCGUGUGUGGCUCCUUCAGUGGGACCUGCUCCACCCUGCUCUUCCAGCCUCUGGACCUGGUCAAGACCCGCCUGCAGACCUCGCAGAGUGGCAUGCAGCCGGGGUCGAGUCGGGUCGGAAUGACGUCGGUGCUCCUCGGUGUGGUGCGGACGGAGCGGCUGCUGGGGCUGUGGAAGGGCUCUUCUCCGUCGUUCGUCCGGACCAUCCCAGGAGUGGGAAUCUACUUCAGCUCCUAUCACUCCCUGAAGCAGCACUUCUUCCAGGACAGCAGGCCGGGAGCGGCGCAGGCCGUGAUGCUGGGAGGCGGGGCCCGGACCGUGGCGGGGGUUGUGAUGCUGCCGAUCACCGUCAUCAAGACGCGAUUCGAGUGCGGCAGGUACAGCUACGUGAGCGUGAGCGGCGCGCUGCGCAGCGUGUGUCGGAGCGAAGGCCCCGCCGCUCUGUUCUCCGGCCUCAUGGCCACCCUGCUCAGGGACGUUCCUUUCUCUGGGAUCUACGUCAUGUUCUACAGCCAGACCAAGGCCUCGCUGCCGCAAGAGGUCAGUUUGUCUCCUUCGGCUCCUGUGGCUAACUUCAGCUGUGGGGUUCUGGCCGGUGUUCUGGCCUCUCUGGUCACGCAGCCAGCCGACGUCGUAAAGACGCACGUCCAGGUGAACCCCCAGCUGAGGACGACGGAGGCCGUCAGACACAUCUACACGGCUCACGGCCUCCAAGGCUUCUUCAGGGGAGCCGUUCCUCGGUGUCUGAGGAGGACCAUGAUGGCCGCCAUGGCCUGGACUGUGUACGAGCAGAUGAUGGCGCACGUCGGACUCAAGUCCUGAAGGGAACAGCGAUCAAAAGCUUGUGUCUAAAAGGGGAAAACGAAGAUGAAGUUGGGAGUGACAAGUACGAAGAGGGCGGCCUCAGACUCGGGACGGACGCGCUCGUCACGCUUCCAUGUUGGAAUUUUAAGGCUGAUGUUGAGGAAUCAGAACUUGGAAAUGGUGGGGGAAAAAAACAUCUGUGCUGGAGAAGGAGCCACGGGAAUUAUUAGUAAAAUAUGUUUACUGUUAUUAUUAACACUUUAACUCAAAGGUUAGAUUUGACGUAAAAAUGAAUGCCGAAUUCAAAAUAUUUGACUUUGAACACAAAAUUUCUGUCAAACUCGCCUGGUUUGUAGAAUAUAAAGAAGUAGGAGGAGAAACGAGACUUGGAAAUCAAUUCACAAACUAAAUGUGAGGAAUAUAGAAAUGAGUCGGCUUUACGUUAACGCCAUGAACUCGUUUUGGGAAUGUCUGGCUUUCAGAUAAAGUCGCGAUGAUCUAACCGAUUCUGUCUGAUCGUUUCGUUUGUUUUAUAAAAAUAAAUUAUUUGCUUUCUC